UCUGUGCCGCUGCUUCCCUCCUGUUGUUGUGACCUGAGUAUCACUAACUAGAAAACCUAGUGAACUCAUUUAGAAAACCGUUAAGUUAACAUUCUCCAGAGCGUCUCAGUGUCCGUGUGGGGCCGUCGCCAUGGCUCUGCAAGGCCCGGAGGAGCUGGGGGAACAGGUCGAAGAGCCGGAGGAUCUGGACGACCAGGACGCUAGCAGCAUCUCCCCGGCCGAGGAGAUAACUCUGCCCCCCGGGCCCGGAGGCGACGAUGAGACGGAGGAGGCUCUCCUCCUGCCCUGGGACCGCUUCUCCGCCUGGCUGCACUGCAUCUGUGUGGUCGGCUUCGACCUGGAGCUGGGACAAGCGGUUGAGGUUAUUUAUCCUCAUCAUUCCAAGCUGUUGGAGAAAGAGAAAACGAGCAUCUGCUACCUUUCCUUUCCUGACUCCAACUCAGGUUGCCUUGGCGACACCCAGUUCUGCUUCCGCUUCCGUCAGGGUUCCAACAGGAAGUCAUCAUUGGGAUGCUUCCUAGAAACCACUGACCGGGACGCACCCCCCUGCCUGAAGAGGGAACAGGGUCAUUACUACGGUUACGUGUAUUUCCGUCAGGUGCGAGACAAAUCCCUGAAGAGAGGAUACUUCCAGAAGUCUCUGGUCCUGAUCAGUAAGCUGCCCUAUGUGACGUUCUUCCACUCCCUGUUGAAGAUCAUGGCGCCAGAAUACUUUGAGAAACAGGAGCCCUGCCUGGAGGCGGCUUGUAAUGACAUAGAUCGCUGGCCGACUCCCCAUCCUGGACGAAUCCUCACUCUACCUAUCAUGGGCGUUGUCAUCAAGGUUCGCAUCCCAACCUGUUACGACAAACCAGGAACCUCACAGCUGGUCCAGUCUGCACAGACUGACAGUCAGGUGUCCAUCGUGCUCCCAACCAUCCAUGAGGUCGACCUCUUCAGGUGUUUCUACCCGGUCUUCUUCCACAUCCAGAUGCUGUGGGAGUUGGUGUUGCUGGGAGAGGCACUCGUCGUCAUGGCGCCGUCGCCAGCGGAGUCGGCGGAUACUGUGCUGGCAUUGGUCAGCUGUAUCUCCCCCCUGCGAUACUGCAGUGACUUCCGGCCGUAUUUCACCAUCCACGACAGCGAGUUUAAGGAGUACACCACCAGAACGCAGGCUCCGCCAUCAGUCAUUCUGGGAGUGACCAAUCCCUUCUUUGCUAAAACCUUGCAGCACUGGCCGCACAUCAUUCGCAUUGGAGACAUGAAGCAAGCAGGAGAGAUGGCAAAGCAGAUGAAAGUCAAGAAACUGAAAAACCUCAAAACUCUGGACUCUAAGCCUGGUGUGUACACUGCAUAUAAGCCGUAUCUCAACAAAGAUGAAGAAAUCAUCAAACAGCUUCAGAAGGGUGUUCAACAGAAGAGACCCUCGGCGGCCCAAAAUGCAAUUCUUCGACGCUACUUCUUAGAACUGACGCAGAGCUUCAUCAUUCCUCUGGAGCGGUAUGUGGCCAGUCUGAUGCCUCUGCAGAAGUCCAUCAGUCCCUGGAAGAGUCCUCCUCAACUCAGACCGUUCAUCCAGCAGGACUUCAUGAAGACACUGGAGAAAGCUGGACCUCAGCUCACAUCCAGACUGAAAGGAGACUGGAUAGGGCUGUAUAGGCAUUUCCUCAAGUCUCCCAACUUUGACGGCUGGUUCCGCAACAGGAGGAGAGAGAUGACCCAGAAACUGGAGGCCCUGCACCUUGAGGCAUUGUGUGAGGAGGAUCUGCUGCAGAGGGUCCAGAAGCACUCUGAGGUGGAGACAGUUGAUCUGGUCCUGAAGCUGAAAGAUAAGCUGGGUCAGGCGGAGAAGGAGCAGCUCCCCGUGCGUCCGGGGACUGUGGCCAAACUGAGGGCCCACAUCGAGGCUGUCAUCCUGGCCUUACCAGAGGACCUGCAGGGCAUCCUCCACAAGCCCUCCACACCCUGACCCCAAACCCCUCACUCUGCAACUCCAACCCCAGUUUGAGCUUGUUUUAAAGUUUGGGGGGUAGUGGGUCCCUUCACAGUUGGCUCCCACGUGGAGGGACCCCUGGGAUCCCCCCUGGAUCUCAGUUUGCAGACCUCUUUCUGGUCUAACAUGGAAAGCACAUAGUGCAUUUUCUGUUUCCAUAAACAUACAUCCAACUUACGUUUACUUUCUCCCCCCCAAACCGCUGCUGUGGCAGCUCAGUGGUUUUCAGACCAAACGUGUCCCUCAGUGAUCAUGUGGUCUUCAGACGACCAGCUGGAGCAGGCCGGAGCUGCCUGACAUAAACUCCUCUGAAGGGUUUUCAGAGGUGAAACAGCAUUUUAAAAAAUGUGAGGAGACGUCAGUAAGUAAAGAAAGGCACGCUUGAUGCAUUAAUAAUCCAUCACAGCUUUGCUCUUUCAUCACGCUGCUCAGUAACAUGGUUCAUCUGAGCCUGUGGUGGCCUGUGCGCCAAAGGAUUUGUCAUCACCUUGGAGGUAAAGAGCAGGAAGAUGAACACAGCUGACCUUUGACCCUCAGCAUUUUUACCUCUUGACGUUUUUAAUUUUUACUUUUCAUUUUUUAACUUGAAGAUAGACUGCUGCAGUCCGGCAGAACUGACUGUACAGUCCUCAUCCAUUUUUAAGAAAUGUUUUUAAAAGAAGUGCACUUCAUCGCUAACUGGACCAGUGUGCCCUUCUCUCUCUCACACACACACACACACACACACAGUUUUAUGCAAACAAACUGACGAAGCAGAGCCAAGCAGUGCUUUAUAAUUAAAUUUUACUAAAAAAACACACACACAGAGCAUUAAGCACCAGCGAUCCUGUAAUACCUGUCUGUUGGCCCUUGGCAGGUGUGCUGUGGAGCGGUGUGUUCAGGAGCCAGUCACAUGCCUGUAUCCAUGUCACAUGAUCAUAACGGUCUGACAAAAUAUUCAAAAUGUCCUGAAAUGUUCAGAAAUCUUAGUGUGGGUUGUUAUUUGUAUUUUUUUCUGAAGACUGAAACCAAAUCUUGUGUGUUUUUUUAAAUUUCCUGACUGAUUCUGAGCUCCUCUGUGGGCUGAGGAAAGCCUUUGACUCGCUGGGCUGUGAAACUCUGGAGGCCCAUUUCUGCCAAGAAAGCAAAAAGAGCCCAAUGAACAGGAACAGUUAGAAAUGUUAUGAAAUGAAAAAUGCCUUUUUAAACCUUUUUAGGGAGCGCCCAUCGGAUCGUGUUUUCUUCCUCUAAAACACAACACGAAGUGUGCGUACGUAGGCUUGAACCAACCAGUUUCAACCAAUAAUAUCAUGCCAUCCACCUGUCAGUCAAGUUUCAACUUUAGGCAGGACAGAGCCUGGUUACAGGCCUGCUGCCUAGAAUUUAUUGACUGUGAGGAAAGCGAUAUCUGUCAUUUCACAGUGGACUGCUUCAGCACCGACAGCAUACGAUGGUGACAGCAGUACCUCCCUUUUUUUUUUUUUACAGUUAAAAUUAUGAGACACAAAGUCCGAUUUUUGCCUAAAUUAUCAGAUCCGAAGUUUCAAUUUUCAAUUAGUCAAACAUGACAAAUAAUGGCAAUAAAUGUGCAGGAGUCUGAAUUACUAUCUGAUAGCUUUGACUGCUUUUAUCGGUUUGACUUUCCAUGAAUGUUUUUAUGUUUUGUUUUUGUCUGUUCCUGGCAGAGAUGGGCUUUUACAGUGAAACUUCUUUCAUAAACUUGAGCUCAAAGCAAUACUGCUUUCCUCCCUUUCUGGAAAGUUUUCACUGGGCAGCAGUGGCACAAAACAUACAUUCAGGAAGAAGUAUCUGCACUUCUUCAGCAUUUUAAAUCACUGAGUCUGGUGAUUCCACACUGCAAAAGUCAUCUGAUCAAAUUAUUUAUGGUCUUAAGUCAUUCAAGAUUCUUUAAAAGUUACAUUUAAAGAUUUUAACUUAUUUUGAGCCGUUCCUAAGAGGAGAUUUUUAGCUCAAAUGGAGAAAGAUUGAUUUUGUCAUGAAAAACUUUGUCAACUGUAUAAACUUUGGUACUGAAACAUGAUUCCUGGACACAGACAAACCUGCACUCUCACUUCACCAGCUGCUCUAUUAGACUCCGCUGUUUGUUUGUUUGGGACAGUAAAGCUGGCUUAUACUUCAGACAUGUUGCGUGACAUUAAUGAAUUAACUUUAAACCCUCACCUUUUGAGUUUCAGGGAUGAAUUUUGUAAUCUGACAUUUUACAUCUGACAGACGAUGAGAAAAAGUUUCAUGUGCUGGUAUUUUUUCCUCUGAAUGUAAACAGAUAUACGUGGGGCGUGGCCUGCCUGUGUUUGCCGUAGUAACAGGGUGGACUAUAGCUGAUAAGUUUGUGGCAGACUCAUUUAAGCCAAGCCACCACAAACUGAGCUAAAUCAUAUGAAAAUCAGCAUGUGGUCAACUUUUAGCUUUGACUGUGAUCAAAAUGAGAAAGUUGAGCGUAUAUUACCGUGACAGUGUUUUUCAGUUGUAAGGAGACACUUACAGUGCGGCCCUGACAGCAGUUACAGACUGACGUAUUUAAUUGAUUGAUUGAUAUUGAUAUCUAUCAGAGGCAAGUAGCUGCAAAAACAAGUAUGGAAGCCUUCUUCUGCUCAGGGGGGACAGAAUGACAAAAAUAAAUUUUAUUUUAAGUUAAAUCUAGUUGGUUCUAGUUUGUAAUUUAUGGAAUAUAAUGUCUAAUUACUUUGACUUCAUAUUACAUAAUUUUGACUAUGUAGCCAUAAAUUUGAGUUGGUAUCCUGUAAUUUAGGUUAGUAAAUGUAGUUUUGAUUUGGUACACUGCUUUAAAAGGUUGAUUUUUUUUCAGGACUUAAGUCAUAUUUUUAAGUCAGUAAUUUUCCCCAAUGUGAUGCUGACAAUCUUUUCUUAAUUCUUAAUUAAGUCUUAAAAAAUCUGAAUUAUGAUUGCAUUCUUGACUUGACCAUUUUAUUUCUGUCAUUCCAAACUUCUUUUUUUUUCCCCUGGCAGAAAUCUGCUUCCAUAGUUCAGUGGCUCCAGCUCUCCUGUUAGUCUCACCUCCACGGAUGCAGCAUCAGGCUGUGUUCAGUACACUGUAUGACGGCUUGUGUGCAUUUAUGAGACAAUGGGGAAAAGCCCCAACACUACAGCUAGCAUCGCUUCAGCUGUUAGAUGGAGCAGCUUUCUGAUUGGACUCACAGUGAUGCUGGUGCCUUACAGGAAUGAGAGCAGAACCAAAGACUCGAUGAGUCAGUCUCAGUCUGAAUGAGUGACGGCUGGUUUCUGCAAAGAUAAUCAGAGCUUCUUUGACUGCAGCUCAAGGCUUAACGUUUGAUCUUACACUAAACUAGACUGACUCUGCUGAAGAGGCACUCUGUGUUGCCUUCAGACAAAAAAUAUUGUUUUUAACAGUUUUCUGAUGAACAAGUGAACUACCUAGAUGCAUUAUUACACUAAGAAAAGUACACAAAGUCAGUCGUCAGAAACAGAGCCUGGAAAAACAAGAAACCCAUCAGACUCACUCAGCUCUAAUAAAGGGAUUAUUAGCACCGCUGGGUCCCUCAAAGCCUCAUUCACUGAAUGUUUUAGCUCAGUAAUUAGGAGUCAUGUUUAAUUCACAGUAAUCCACUUCAGAUUACACAUUUUUAGAUUGAUUUUUCUCCCCUCUAUGAUGCCAUUUCAUGUAAUUUCAUUUUCUCUGUAAACUUUAAGCCACAGUGUCAAAAUCAAAUCCUUCACAGAAAAAAAAAAAAAAAAGAAA